UGAUAGUUGCACCUUCGUGUAGUCAAAUACUCUUAAGUUUAUUUAUUAAAAAAAAAAACAAAAACCCGCUCAAAAUGUUCAAAUUCGUCGUUUUCGCCGCCGCCGUUGCCGUGUGCCAGGCUGCCUACUCCCUGAACCCAGCCGGACCCACCUACGCCGGAAUCCACACCCCAGCCAUCACCAGCCAGCAGUCGAACAUCCUCCGCACCUACGGCAACCUGGGACAGAUCUCGACCCACUCCAAGACCAUCGACACCCCGUACUCGUCGGUGAGCAAGUCGGAUGUGCGCAUCAGCAACCCAGGACUGGCCGUUGGACACGUGGCCGCCGCCUACCCAGCCGCUUACCACGCCCCAGCUGCUUAUGCUGCCCCAGCGUACGCUGCCCCAGCCUAUGCCCACCCAGCCGUCUAUGGUGCUCCAGCCGUUAAGGCCGUCGCCGCCGCCCCAGCUCUGCUCGGAGUUGCUUACUCCGCUGCCCCAACCGUCGCCCACAUGACCUACAGCAACGGACUCGGAAUCAACUACGCCUGGUAAGAUGUGCAACUUCGGACCACAUACACCAUCGGACAUCGGCAACGGACCUCCCCCCACAGCGCCCCCAAUGGCAAACGUGAAAAUCUCGGGAAUUACAACGCAACUCUAAGUCACGCACAAUCAACAGCACACACAGUCAACUAGGAACUGGGAACCACGUGGUACAAUGACACCCUUGACCAUAGGUUGAAAACGUUCCUGACACGCAACUUUUGUGAUAAAGAACAACAGCAAUAACAACGGGUAAUAAAGAGAAAACUUGAAAACAUUUGAGCCAACAAUCGUGGAA